CUCGAUGUCUGGGUAGGACGUCAUUCGAGGUUAUUUGAAGUUCAUUUUUGCCUUUUGGGCGCUAAUUUUACUGUCACUUUUUAACGUACAAUUUCAUUACCAAUUUUGUACGUCUAUAAUCUUAAAGUAUGUCUGGAUCCAACACCAUCAUGAACAACGUGCGUCUAUUGCGAAACUUAAACAGGAAUACAGUUAAAACAAUUACCACUAAAUGUCCCAUCAAAGUUAUUCAAGCAUAUAGGUGCCAAAGUUCUAUUCACUGGCGCACUGGCAGACGUCCGUCAGUAAAAAAUGUGGGCUAUCGUUUUUAUGCCACAGAUUUUCCAAGUCAUAUUAAAGUUUCUCUCCCAGCUCUGUCUCCUACAAUGGAAAGUGGCACUAUUGUUAAUUGGUCUAAAAAAGAAGGAGAGAGGUUGAAUGAAGGAGAUAAACUAGCUGAAAUUGAAACGGACAAAGCCAUUAUGGACUUUGAAACUCCUGAAGAAGGAUAUCUUGCUAAGAUCAUGGUACCUGCUGGUCAAAAAAAUGUUACAGUUGGAAAGCUUGUGUGUAUUAUUGUAGAAAAUGAAUCUGAUGUUGCUGCUUUUAAAGACUUUGUGGAUAAUACUCCUGCAGGUGCUCCUGCUCCUGCAGCACCAUCACCCAAACCAUCUACUUCUGCACCGGUUCCCUCACCUCCCACACCUGUUUCUCCAAAAGCUCCAGCGCCAACAUCAGUACCAAUUCCAAUUGGAUCUCGUAUACUUGCUAGUCCUUUAGCCAAACGUUUAGCUAAUGAAAAAGGAUUGGAUUUAAGUACAAUUGCCCAAGGUUCUGGUUUGUUUGGUUCAAUAAAAUCUACAGAUCUGGAGAAAGCUUCUAUAGCCAGUAGUAAAAAUACUGCUAUUGCUGAUGGAACUCGCGGUGAUGGAUUUGUUGAUAAACCUGUGACAAAUGUUCGAAAUAUCAUUGCAAAACGUUUGCUCGAGUCAAAACAAACUAUACCCCAUUAUUAUUUGACAGUUGAUUUAGGUCUAGAUAAUAUUGUUUCAUUGAGAAAGCGUAUGAAUGAACUUUUGGAAAAGGAAGGAGUUAAAUUAUCUAUAAAUGAUUUCAUUAUUAAAGCUGCAGCUUUAGCAUGUAAGAAAGUUCCAGAAGCCAAUUCAUCUUGGAUGGAUAGUUACAUUAGACAAUACGACGCAGUUGAUGUCAGUGUGGCUGUAAGUACUGAAACAGGACUGAUAACACCAAUUGUAUUUAAUGCAGAUACUAAAGGUUUAAUUGCAAUAAGCACUGAUGUUAAAGAACUUGCCGCUAAAGCCCGCCAAGGUAAACUGCAACCUCAAGAAUAUCAGGGAGGUACAUUUAGUGUUUCAAAUUUGGGAAUGUUUGGUGUUAAAAGCGUAUCCUCGAUAAUUAAUCCUCCCCAAUCGUGCAUACUUGGUAUUGGUGCUAUGACUCAACGGCUAGUACCAGACAAGACAAAUGGAACCCGUGCACAAGAUACACUUCAAGUUACAUUGAGUUGUGAUCACAGAGUUGUAGAUGGUGCUGUAGGAGCACAAUGGUUACAAGCAUUUAGGCGAUAUGUCGAAGAACCACAUAAUAUGCUUCUUUAAGACCGACUCUUUGUCUUAAAAGCAAUUCAGUCAUAAAAUGCUUUCUAUAAUAUAAUUUCUCGUUUCUGUUUUUUUUUUUUUUUUUUUUUUUUUAUGUUAUUUGUUAUAAAUAGUUUAAAUGUUAAAUUUGUCAGUAUAUACUUUAUCUGAUUUUUAAGCACACUUUUAGUUGUUUAAAUGCAGAGUAUAUUAACACAGGUAGACAUAGCUCUAGUGAAUUAUAAAAGCUAAAAACACACAUAAAAAAAAAGAAGUAUCUUGAUGUUUCUUGGAUGUACGAUUCUAAUCAAUUUGCAAAUGCUCACAGAGUAGUACCAAAUGGUAUUUGUUUCCAAUUCAUUUGACCUGAAAUUAAAAAAAAACACAAUAUAAUAUAAACAAAUUGAAAAAUUAUUAAUAUUACUAUUCUUAAUAUUUAAUGUCAAAAAAUUAUUUACAGAAAAAAACAAGAGAAUCCUAAUUAUAUAAGUAAUUUAUUGAAUUAUAUACAGCAACUUAUUUUUGUGACAUAGUUCAAGAACAAAAAAAAAAAACUAAUGAGUACUAUUGCUUGUUUUGCUAUUGUAGAUCAUAUUAACACCUUAACUUUAGAAAGUUAUACGUUAAAACAACUAUUGUAAAAUCUUAUAAAACACAUUCCAUGUUAUGCGUAACUCUCUAAUUUCAAGGAAUAUUGAUGAGAAUAAAUAAUUUGUUUGAAAAAAGAA